AUGACGGGCCUGGGGAGUCAGCAGGAGGAGAUGGAGAUGGUGCUGUGCUGCGUCAUCCUGGCUGCCAGCCUAGCGAUGGCCCUAAAACGGCUCUGGCACCGUUCUCGACAACGAUCAGCCCCAAGCCCAUCACCAGGACCGAGUGGAUCCGCGGCAAGAUCUCCCGCGGCUCACACCUCGCCCUCCGCUGGGAACUACUACGGCCUGGGUCCAGGCGAAGCCGGGAGUGGCUCGGAGUCGGAGUCGGAGGGGGGGGCCUGCACGGUCAGCGCGUUGCGCGCGCUGCGCGCCUCCCCCGAGUUCCAGCGGUACAUGCGGGCCCGGAAUCUGGCGCCUGCGGUGCUGGAGCGGACCACGGCGAGGCUGCGCCUGUACCGCCGGCUCAGGCACCUCGACCCCGCCGGGUUCAGGAAGCUGUGUGGCAAGGCCCCCAGCUCCUACGACAGCCAGGUCCCAGGCCUCCCCAUCCGCUUGCUGGAGGCGCUGGUGUCGCAGUCGGUGCAGAGCCUGCUGGCGAGCGCAGCGCGGGCAGCGUGGCGGGAGGGCUGGCACUGGCCGCGAGUCGUGCUGGUGGUGCUGCUCUCCGCCUGGCUGGUGGGGGCGCGCUGGGGGGCGGGGCGCCCCGUCGCCAGCGUCCUCUUCAGGGAUCUGUGGUACGAGGAUGUGCGGUGGGAGCACCGGGCGCCGGCCUGGCGCACCAUGCUGGCAGCCUCCCUCGACACCCUGCCGAACUGGCAAGCGCCGGGGGCGGGGAUGCUGCUGGCCCUGGGUCUGCGCUGCCUCACAGCCAGCGGCCAGACGCUCGGCGAGCGGCUGGCGGGGCUGAGCCUCGUCUCCGAGGGCCUCGUGCACCAAAGCGACGAUGAGGACGAGGACGACUGA